CCAUUGACCACUCUGCCUGGGGCUUGUUACAAAGUCGGACAGGAUGUGAUGCUGCAUCUUGAUAGAAUUGCCACCCAGGACCAUGGACCGCAGACCAAUUUUGCUGACACCUGGUCCAUUCACGAUAUUGCGACGCUUGGGGCACGACUUCAGGAGCUGAGCCAGCGGUUUCAUGAUGAUAAAGACGAGUCCGACGACAAUAGAGACACACUACCAAAUGAAGACGAGGAUGAAUCAUCAGGAAAAGGAAAGGCAAAGAUGCGGCGCAUCAACAUUGUGCCGGGCGACAAUGUCUACAUUGAAGUUCCUGUUAGGCAUCGACCAACACCAGACUCCAUUGUCCACGACUACAUCCUCGACGUUCUCUCUUACAAAAGCAUGUACUUUCGUGAACAGGAAGUGACAAAGGCUCAUAGCAAAACGUUUGAAUGGGUGUUUCUGCCUUCAAUGCCUACUGAUUCUCAAGACCAGGAAAAGAACGGUUCAGAGCAUCCCUUUUCGACAUGGCUUCGAGGGGAUGAGCUCGGUCCUAUCUAUUGGAUCACUGGAAAGCCUGGAUCAGGAAAAUCUACCUUUAUUCGAUUCCUCUUUGACCACGAGGCUACAAUGAAGCGUUUGAAUGCAUGGGCUGGCGACAAGCCCGUCUUGACUGCGGGAUUCUUUUUCUGGACCAGUGGCUCUCGCGAGCAGCGCUCACAGACGGGAUUGCUACGUUCUCUUCUUCACCAGAUUCUGACAGCGCACCCGGAGCUCACGACGGCGGCGUUUCCGCAGCUGUGGAAGAAACUCAAGGGUAUGUCGACAAAGCAGCGAGUUGCGCUGCAUUUGGAUUGGUCUGUUGCGGAUUUGUUGGAGGCGUUUCAGGGGGUCAUGGAUGAAGCGGUACAGCGGAUGAAUGUUUGCUUGUUUAUCGAUGGGCUGGAUGAGUUUGAAGGCGAUCAUACGGCCAUGAUUGACUUUUGCAAGAAUCUGUGCUUGGGAGACAAGGGGAGAUCGAUCAAGAUUUGCCUGUCAUCGCGUCCGUGGGCUGUGUUCCAGGAUGCGUUUGAGUAUGCUGUGCCGAAUCUGAGACUGCAGGAUCUCACCUACGGUGACAUGUAUCGGUAUACAAAGGACAGGCUUCGUGAGAACGUCCACAUUCGGCGUCUUUUGAAGCAUGAGACCGCUCCUGGAGAGGAACUGAUUCAGAAUGCGGUGCAGAAAGCGGACGGGGUGUUUCUCUGGGUCCGGCUCGCGCUCAACGAAAUGAUUCGCAAGUUUGACCAGGACACUGGGCUGGCGGGAUUGUCUGGGGUUUUGCAGGCCUUGCCGACGGAACUCAAUGAGUUGUUCCACUUGUUCUUCUUUGAGAAUCAGGAUGAAGAUGAGCUGGCUGAGGCAGCCGUUGUCUUCAGCCUGAUGAAUGCACGCGAACUCGUGGCCGAUUUUAUUAACAGCGACUCCGCCAAUGCUCUCACUGUUUGGGAGCUUGCGUUUGCUCUUAGAGGCAGCGAAGACGACGAAGCCGCGAUAUCUGAGGAUGCGAAGCAGGCUUCAGUUGAGAUGGCUUAUGAUCGCUGCGGUACAACCAUCAAACUCAUCAUGAGCCGAUUCUCCGACCUUCUUGGCGUUCAUGCUAGCCGUGAACAGGGCAAUGCUCGUGGCCUCCGAUUUGCUGGCAAGGGCAACGAUAUGAGUGAGGCCAUGGAUGCGGCUGCACGGCGAGUCACGUAUAUCCAUCGCACAGUCCGUGACUGGUUCAUGGAAGAACCUGGCGUUAUGGCUCGUCUUGUUGAGAAGACGCCGCUUGACUUUGAUCCUCACCUGCGGCUACUACGAUCAUAUGUGCUCCAGAUGAAGAAUGCCCUCGAGGAGAUUGAACAUCAUCGCCAACUGGACGAAUGGUGGCCUGGUAUUGCGCUUGCCAUGACGCAUGCGAGGUAUGUGCGAAACGACUCGCAGCAUCUGCAGCGGGCGAUGGUGAAUGAAGUGGACAAGACGAUUUCCUGGUACUGGCUGAGCAAACCCGAAGAUCCGUAUGAUCACUGGGCGAGAUACGGACUGGGACCAUAUCGAAUUUUCAAGGUCGCUGCGCCAUUGUGGCAGCCGUUUCUCUGUUUAGCCACGAGAUUUGGCCUCACAAGCUAUGUUUCGGAGGAAGUCCUCGCUCGUAAUGCCGCAGAAGACGAGAUUUCAGAGGAACAGAAGGAGCUCCAGACGGCGGAAUCAACGCCUCUGCUUGCUUAUGCUACCGAAUUUCUCUGCUCCCGCAACAAGACCAUCUUCCCUCUGUCGGAUCCCCGCCUGGUGGACUUUCUCCUCCGCAACCAGUGCCGAAUCAACCCGGGCACGAACCACGGAUAUACCGACUUCUGGACUAACAUGCCGCGGACGCCGUGGAUCACUGUUUUGCGGCACUUGCGGGAUGCGCGACGGAGAGGCUGGAUCGAGUACUACGAUGUUGAUCCUCAGGGCACGGCGCGGUGGGCGGAGAUUGUGAAGCUAUUUAUGGAGGUGGGCGGCGCGGAUCGGGAGGCGGUUGUUGUCAAGGACAGCUGGGAUCCUGAGAUUACGGCUUUGGGCGUGUUGGAGUUGCUGGAGGGAACGUAUCGAGCGUUUGAGAUGCGGGAGUUGGUGGAGAUGAUG